AUAUUUGCUGCUUUCAUUCGGUUUUGGAUUCUCGCGGUGUUCGUUACGUUGCGGCUGUUGCGUGGCUUUUAAAUCAAUUUCAAAUAAACAAAAAAUACGCUAACAUUUUCCGGUGUUUUUACGACAAUCAAAUAACAAACGAGUGCUUGAUUGUUGUGCAAAGCGCAACAACAAGUCAUACAAAAAACCCAAAAAUAAAAGUGCAAAAGAAGUUCGAGUGAAUAAGUGAGUGAGAGAGGGAGAGAGAGAGAGAGAGAGCGCGAUUUAGCGGGUGCGAUUCUAAAAAUAAAGGUAGUUAAAUCCAUAAACAACAACACACGUAAUUAACGCUAAUUAAGCCGGUCAAUUGCUUUAAUAACGCGGUUAAUUUUGCAUUAAAUCUUGCGCAACUCGAAAGAUAUUUUUUAUAAAACCAAGUUAAUUAAUAGCGCGCCUUUCACCUGCCCGCCCCUGCCCUCCACGCUCGUUCGACUAGACUUCAUUAAUAGCCGCGAAUCUGGUGCUUGUGUGUGUGCGUGUGUGUGUAGGUGUGUGUUGUGCCUUGUGACUGGCAGAAUUUUCAUUAUCAGACGCUAAAAGGAUUACGAGCCCGUUCAUCUUCAUCAGGAGCAGGAGCAGCAGCAGCAGCAGCAGCAGCCCAGCCAAAUAUUUGCCAGCAUCCGCAAACGAUUUGACGACUUCUCGACUUUGUCUGGCAAUUUGUGCGCUUUCGGAAAUUUGAAAUUUGUUGCCGAGCAAAGCUUAAAUCUUAAAUUAUGAUGUCACAUCAGCUGCAGCAGACACGUCGCCGUUUGGGCUCGGUUAGCGACUCGGCGCCACCGUCGGAGUCCAGUGAGGGCACCGCCUCCUCGGAGCAGCGGGACGAGCUGAUACUGCAUCCGGAUUGGUCGGCACACUCGCAAUCAUCAGCACAGCGCAGCAGCGCCCAUGGCACCACAUCGCUGUAUAAUGCAUCCGAUAUCGAUGCGGACACCAUCAGCACGGACACGAGCAGCAAUACGAAUCUGUCGGAGUAUGAGCGCGGCCAGGUGGAGAGCUUCUUUGCCGGUCUGGGCACCGAGAUCUUUGUCAGCGGCGCUCUGGCCAAUCUGUACGAGGGCACUGGCAACGAUGGCGACUGGCGUCUGGUAUUCACCGGCAUACCCGUCAUACUCCACGACAAGGGCAAUGCACGGGCGAGAGCCAUGCCCAGGCUCACACUGGUGCUGGCCGAGCGUGGGUCAUGCUUUGCUUUAUGGUCGGAUCGUGUCGAUAAUCUGUCCAAUUAUCGCAUAGCGGGCCCCUCGUUUCACACCAUGUGCCUGUCGAGCAAUCAUCAGCAAAUGAUUGGCUUCAGUUUCGAUUCGACGGAUGCGGCACGCGAACUCUGGCAGCAUGUCGAGCGCUUGAUCAGCGAUCCCGAGAACAUUGCCCUGUCGGCGCCCGGACGCAAACAGAAGAAACAGAAGCGCGUCAAGCCGGCUCCGCUGCCGCCCAAGUCACAGAUAUCGCAUCCGUGCCAGUUCCAUCAUGUGACCAGUGUCCUCAAAGAGGAUAGCGAGCGAUACUACAGCAUGCAGGCAUUCGGGCCGGUCAAUCCGCAGCAGCAUCGUUGAUCAGGGUCGGGCGCGUGGAUCUGGAACACGAGCGCCCUCUGGUGGCAGAAUUAAAGCCCCACACAACAAUUUAUACAAAUUAAAACAAAGCUCCAGUACCCCAAAAAAAAAAAUAAACAAACAAAAAAAUCACCCCAUAUAUAUAUAAUGGUAUAGUUUCUAGUUCUAUUUGUAUCUAAUAUAUAUAUUUGUUAUAGCCCGUUAGGCCUAAGUUAUAUGCCAAUGUGCGUGCUGCACAGCUGUGUGGAUCGCGCAUUUAUCUGUGAUACCAUUUAGGCGUCUAUAUUCCUAGACAUUAGCAUUCGGAAUAUUGGCAAAAUCAAACAGAAAAAUAAAAACACAAAAAAAAACAUACAAUAUUAACAACAUAUAUAAAUAAACUAAACUAAAGGAGAAAUCGAUUAGUUUAAGACAAUUCGAACGAUAGGCGAGUUUUAUAAAGUUUUCUAAUAGCGUCAACAUGCAUCUAUCUAUAAAACAAUAUAUAUGCAUACAUAUAUAUACAUAUAUAUACGAUAAAUGGUUUGUAGCUAUAGCGUGUAUGUUUGUAUUUUGCAUUUGCUGCAUAGAAAUUCAUAUAAGUCCACAUGGUCACUAAGCUUGUUUUCUUAACAAAAUUUUACUAACUGUUUUACAUAUGCAUACAUAUAAUACAUAUAUAUAUAUAACACAUUUGGUACACAUAUAUAUAUCUAUGACUAUUACUGAUCGUAUGUACAUAGCUCUAAGCAUUACACAUUCAAAAAUCAAAAA